AUGUCUCUGUGGGUUGACAAAUAUCGUCCCAGAAGUUUAGAUACAUUGUCUCAUAAUGAUGACCUUACAAAUCUGCUUAAAUCUUUAGCUCAUCGACCUCGAGACCUUCCACAUCUGUUGUUAUAUGGACCAAACGGCAGUGGGAAAAAAACAAGAUGCAUGUCAUUGCUGGAAUCAAUAUUUGGAGCUGGUGUUUAUAGAAUGAAAAUAGAUGUUAGACAAUUUGUGACGCCAUCCAAUCGUAAACUAGAUUUAAAUGUUGUUAGCUCACCGUAUCAUUUAGAAAUUACACCAAGUGAUAUGGGUAACAAUGAUAGAAUUGUGAUUCAAGAGCUGUUGAAAGAGGUUGCCCAAUCCGAACAGGUUGAUUUUCAAGACUCAAAAGAAGGAUUGGCCCAUAGAUACAAAUGUGUUAUCAUCAAUGAGGCCGAUUCCUUGACACGUGAUGCGCAAUCGGCAUUAAGGCGAACCAUGGAAAAGUACUCCAGAAAUAUCAGGCUCAUUAUGGUUUGUGACUCAAUGUCAUCAAUAAUUGCUCCUAUAAAGUCGCGUUGUUUCAUGAUCCGUUGUCCAGCGCCACAAGACCGUGAGACCAUUGAGAUUCUAAAGAUUGUUGCUAAAGAGGAGAAUGUCAAAUUAGAAUCGGAAACCAUAUUGCAAGACAUAGCCACUGCAUCAUCAGGAAAUUUGAGGGUGGCAUUGCUUAUGAUGGAAUCGAUGUCAUUGGCAAAUGAAAUGCAAUUGAAAUCGACCACGCCAAUAAUAAGACCAGAUUGGGAAUCUGUCAUAUUAAAAAUGGCAAACAAGAUACAAAAAGACAGAUCCGUCGACUGCCUGUUAGAAUGUCGCUCUAUAAUUUACGACUUACUAGCACACUGCAUUUCUGCAAAAAUCAUUUUGCAGGAACUAACCUUUGCACUGAUGAAGAACGCGAACAGUGAAAAGAUAAAAGUUGAUAUAAUCAGCACUUCAAGUAUGUUUGACGAAAGGCUCUCACUUGGUACUAAAAGUAUUUACCAUUUGGAGGGUUUUAUCGCAAGGGUGAUGUGUUGCAUGGACAGCUCGCAAUAG